AAAAAAAAAAAAGGCGGCAAGACGAACCAGUGUGUCCGGUUUCUUCCCUUGGUACUCGCAGCUAUUUCUGCACAGAACUGACUUGAAGAAUGAAAGCUACUCAUUGUAGACACCAGCCGUGACAGGAACUCGGAGCUUCCUUAUCGACGAUUCUACCAUGGCUACCAAAAUGGUCAUCACUCAGCCGCAGCCAGUCAUGGUUAUCCGAGACUCUGAAGAGUGGGGCUCGGGGAUAUGUGAUUGCUUGGAAAAUGUGCCAGAAUGCUGCUUUGCUUACUGGUGCUGCCCGUGCUUUGCCUGCAAAACCUCCAAGGACUACGGCGAGCCUCUCUGUCUCCCCCUGCUGGAAAUCUUCGGCGGUUUCGUCCCACCCAUCACCAUGUCCAUGAGGGUCUCCAUGCGCCACCGCUAUGGCAUCAAAGGCACUCUGGCUGAGGACUGCCUGUACUCGGCCUGCUGCACAUCCUGCGUCUGGUGUCAGAUGUCCAGAGAGAUGAAGAGGAGAAACAUCCCAAUCGUUCUGGUCAACGCCAAAAACACAUAAUCUCAGUUCUAGCUCAUCAUCACCACCAGCACUCUCGCAUUAUAUUUUCUGUUUAUCUCAGUAAACCACAAUCUGCAGUUAAUUUUAAUAACCCUAACCCCUUUGGGAAAUAGUUUAUAGCCCUGGGUUAUGUGGGAUGGCCGUCCAAAGCUCUUAUUUUUCUUUCAAAGUACUGUACAUAUGAUAGCCUAAUUUUUCCUCCUCAGCUUGUAUUUAGUAUAUAAAACAUCAUAUAUAUAUAUAUUUUAUACAAGCAACAUAUAGUUUAUAUAUAUUAUAUAUCGCUGUCUAUAUCUGUAGAAUCUAUGGUAUAUUUCCUAAUAUAUUGAGAUCAUUUUUAACAAGAUUUGUUGUUAAUAAAAAAAAAUUAAUUCACACUGAA